GUCUAUCACGAGCUCUAAGUUCCCCAUUUAGUAAAUAUACUCUUAAGAAAACGCUAGGCAACAGAAGGCCAAAAAUUUGGACUGUGUCAGAUGCUCCAUUUUUGGUUUUAGGGCGGGAAGCUGAUAAAAUCAAUAUUUUCUUCUCUCUUGAUAUCGUCCUUUUUUUUUUGAACUUUCUCUCUCUAGGGUUUUUCUAAUUGCUGAUGCUACUUCAAAUUUCAAAUCCAAAAAAUCCCCAUUUUUUCACACAGAAUAGUUGAUAGUUGAUAUUUUAUGCCGCUUUAGCUAAUCCAAAAUCCAAAAAAUGACACUGCGAAAGGGCUCUAAAGUAUGGGUCGAAGACAAAAGUUCCGCCUGGGUUGCAGCUGGAGUGACUGAUUUUAUCGGUAAACAAGUUCAAGUCGUUACUGAUUCUGGGAAGAAAAUGUUAGCUUUACCGGAGAAGUUGUACCCAAGGGAUGAAGAGGCAGACCAUGGAGGAGUUGAUGACAUGACCAAAUUGACUUAUUUGAAUGAACCCGGUGUUUUAGACAAUCUUCAGAGAAGAUAUGCUCUUAAUGAAAUUUAUACGUACACAGGAAGCAUCUUAAUUGCUGUCAAUCCAUUCACUAAACUUCCUCAUCUGUACAACGUGCACAUGAUGGAGCAAUAUAAAGGAGCUCCAUUCGGUGAGCUUAGCCCGCAUGUGUUUGCUGUGGCUGAUGCAUCAUACAGGGCUAUGAUGUCUGAGAACCAAAGCCAAUCUAUAUUGGUUAGUGGCGAAAGUGGAGCAGGGAAAACAGAGACAACAAAAUUGAUAAUGCAAUACCUUACCUAUGUUGGUGGUCGUGCUGCUGAUGAUGACAGAACAGUUGAACAACAGGUUCUCGAGUCUAACCCGUUGCUGGAGGCCUUUGGCAAUGCACGUACUAUUAGGAACGACAAUUCAAGUCGUUUUGGCAAGUUUGUUGAGAUCCAAUUUGAUGCAAGUGGUAGAAUAUCUGGUGCUGCAAUUAGGACUUAUCUUCUGGAGAGAUCUCGCGUUGUUCAGAUAACAGAUCCUGAGAGGAAUUAUCACUGCUUUUAUCAAUUAUGUGCAUCCGGAAUGGAUGCUGAGAGGUACAAGCUAGGUCAUCCGAGUGAUUUUCACUACUUGAACCAGAGCAAAACCUAUGAGCUAGAUGGAGUUAGCAAUGCUGAGGAGUAUAUCAAGACAAGGAGAGCUAUGGACAUUGUUGGAAUCACUCAGGAGGAACAGGAAGCAAUAUUUCGUACCUUGGCAGCAAUUCUACACCUAGGAAACAUAGAAUUCUCUCCGGGCAAAGAACAUGACUCAUCAGUUAUAAAAGAUGAAAAGUCCAGGUUUCAUCUGCAGAUGGCUGCUAAGCUUUUUACGUAAGUGGUUUUUUGAAGAUG